AUGACUGAAUCAUCUUCUUCUUCCAAUGCUCCACCAUUAGGGAGGUAUCUCGCGUCUACAGACAAGAAAACAAGAGACAAGGCCAUCAAGAACUUGAGCCUCUUCCUUUCUGAUUCGUCGCGGGACACACUAUCAAAAUCAGAAAUGGCCAGACUAUGGAAAGGGAUCUUCUACUGUUUCUGGAUGUCUGACAAGCCUUUAGUGCAGCAAGCGCUAGCGAGCGAGUUGGCUGGCAUUCUGCUCUCGGUUUCGACCCCGUCCGUUGCCCUGGCCUUCCUUCGCGGAUUCUGGGAAGCUACUGUCCGCGAAUGGACAUCGAUAGAUCGUCUACGUAUCGACAAGUAUUACAUGCUCAUCCGAAGAUUUGUCAACGCAUCGUUCAGGUUACUGAUGCGGACCGGAUGGGACGGUGCGGCUUGCGACGAGUACAAUUCCAUCUUGACCGUCCGCGGCGGGCCACUAUGCUCGGAUGAUAUCCGCGUGCCUUCAAGCCUAUCAUACCACCUCGCAGACAUCUACCUCGAGGAGCUCGACAAGGCAUACGAUAAUCCACCAGAAUCAUCUUCCCUACCUGCACCGCUGUCUACGCUUCUCUCGCCCUUCUUCACCCUCUCUGCCCGUGCAUCAACAAAUGUCACAUACCACCGCAUAGAAUCCUCCCUCCUCGAUCCGCUAUUCGCUGCACUAAAACCACUGCAAGCGGACGACGAGCCUCCCAGUCGCAAGCGGCCGCGUCUGACCAUGCCAACAUAUUCAAACCUUGUUGCUAACGCAUGCUUAUCCGAUCCCGCGUCAGAAGGUGCUAUAGACCGAGCAAACCUUCGGAAGGCGUUGUUGCGGCGUAUGUUCGAUGUCGCGAGCGAGCAGGAUACGCGAGACGCGAAUAGGCGUAAGAUGUACGCGCUCUGGAAAAGUAACAUGGAGGAAGAUGAUAGCACCAGCGGUACAGAAGUCGACGGUAGCUAG